AAUUUGACAAUUUUUCUUAUAACAAACCUGUAAUCAUCAAAUUACUCAUACAAAUAAUUGUCAUCAAAAUGGCUGUGUUUCGACAUUAAAUAGCGUAAUUCAUAGUAUUACGCAUUAAACAAAGGCAAUAAAAAUUGACAGUGUGUGGUAUUAUAUUAAAUAUCUUGUCAUAAUCUGUACUUUCUAAAUGUGAAACAAUAUUAGUAUAAUCCAAGUUUGUUUGUAAUUAAAAAGCAUGAUAAUUUAUCUUAAGUUAUUGAUAUUUGUUCCUCCAUCUUACAUCAUUCUGAGCACUUUUUGAUUCGUCAAAACAUUUAUUUUAUAAACUAUAAAUUGUAACUUAAAAUUAGACAUGAAUUGUUUGAAAAUUGAUGAAAUAUUGCUUUCUAAUCCUCGAGAAACUCUGAAAAAGUGGUGACAAUGAAGUUAAAUGAAUUUUUUAAGCGUAUGUCAUAGUGCAAUUAUUAAAAUCGUAUUGUUUACAUAACGAACAUUAGCUUCGGUGGAUUAUUUUCGUCAGAUCGUCAAAUUGCGUUUCAAUAAAGGUUAACUUUUUAAAUAAAUUAUAAUGUUUAUUGUUCCUUUAUUAUCAGUGUAUCCUUUGUGACAAUAUAUUGUUUUAAAGAAGAAGAAAGUUUUAACAUUUAUUCAAACAUUUUCAAAACGUUUUAAAAAGAAAGAAUAAAGAAACAAUGUCUGGAGAACAGUUUUCCUUAGUUUGGAAUAGUUUCCCAAGAAAUUUGUCCUCUGGAUUAUAUACAUUAUUAACCGAUGAGCAGUUAGUAGAUGUAACAUUAGCUGCAGAGGGUCAAAUACUACGUGCACAUAAGUUAAUAUUGUCAGUUUGUAGUACAUACUUCAGGGAAUUGUUCAAGGGAAACUCUUGUAAACAUCCGAUUGUGAUUUUAAAAGAUGUCAAUUACCGUGAUCUGUCAGCAAUGCUUCACUUUAUGUAUCAAGGAGAAGUUAACAUUAAGCAAGAAGAUAUUGCUAGUUUUUUGAAAGUUGCAGAAACUUUACAAAUAAAAGGUUUAACUACAGAAACAGAAGAGAAACUUGGAGAAACUUUAACAAAGAAUGCAGGGAACUUGGAUCAAAUAUUUAACACAGAAAACAGCAGUAUUAAUUGUAUUAAUUCAGAUACAAAUGCUCCUACUUCUGAGGAACAAGGACAAUUUAUACAGAAAAACCAGCAAUGCAAAAACCAAUUAUCAAAAGAUGAAUUACACAGUAACGAAUUUAUAGAGAAUACAAGUGUCAGUGACAUGUGUUGUCAACAAGAAUCUAAUUCAAUUCAUAAUAUACAAGAUAUACAAAAUAACAGUUCGACAAGUAUAGAAGAGGAACCAUUAGACUGCACAGCCGAUAUAAGUCAUAUAGAAUCAGCAAAGCAGGGACCAUUGGAUUAUACACUUGACAUAGACACAGAAGCAGGAUAUAAAACAUGUUUGCCUAACGAGACACUUUAUAAACCUGAAGAAAAUUUACAGACAAAAGACUAUGUACCAGAUAUGCAAUUAGUUCCCUACAAUCAGAAUACACAAACUCAUCCAUUUGGUUUAAGUAACAUGACUGGUUUUGAAAGUGAAUUUACGUACGAAACUGGUUGUCAUAGUAAAGGUCGACGAACCGUUAAAGGUAUUUCCAACAACAGUUUGCCAUUGGAAACAACUUUACGCGUUGUAUCCGAACUGGGCCCAACAUUACGUAUGGAAAGAGGUAAGGUUAUUCGAAUGUAUUCAUGUCCAUGGUGUCUUCGUCAUUUCACGCGUAAGGAAAAUCUGAAACUACAUGUUCGAUAUAUUCACGGUCCGCUUGAAAGUCUAACAUGUAGACUUUGUGGUAAUAAAUAUAAAAACAGUAAUAGUUUACGUGUACAUUCGUAUCUGUAUCAUAAUGCUAAGCGCGACAAACCUAAUAAGCCAAUAGUGGACGGUGGCGCAUGAAAUUAGAAGAAGAAACAAUUGACAUUGACAUUUGCAUAAAAUUAUUACUUGGUACGUAAAUUAAAUGUAAUUGCCGCAAUUUUAUUUAUAAGAAAGGUUGUUGGCAAUUAACGAGAAAAUUGAUAAAAACCUAAUUAUUUAAUAUUUUCUAUUUAUAUUUCUUUGAUACUAUUAAGGUAACAAAAAAUUGAAAAAUUUGCAGAAAUACAAUAUUCUCUUAAUUAGACAGAUUUAGAAUUUAGAUAAGAUAACAUAUUUUAUAUAAAACAGGUUACUUUAAAAAAGAAGAACCAUUGUAAACAUACAUAUAUGUAUAUUAAUAUAUCAUUUUGUAAAUAUAUAUACAUUUGUA